AGUUGUCUACGCGCAUGCGUACUAACAUUGUUAAACCUCGUGGAGCAAGAAGAAAAACAAAAUGUUGGUGCUCUUCGAAACAGCAGCUGGUUAUGCAGUAUUUAAGUUGAUGAAUGAGAAGAAACUACAGAAUGUUGAGAACUUGUAUUUGGACUUUGAAUCACCAGAAGCAGCCAGUGAAGUGGUGAAGCUUAAGAGUUUUAAGAAGUUUAAAGACACAACAGAAGCUUUAGCAGCUGCCACAGCAACUGUUGAAGGGAAAAUGAGUAAAUCGCUGAAGUCUGUGAUGAAGAAACUGGUAGCCUCAGACAUACAGGAUGAGUUGGCAGUAGCGGAUGCUAAACUGGGCAACGCCAUUAAGGAAAAGUUCAACAUCAGUUGUGUAGCAAAUUCAGCCAUACAAGAGUUAAUGAAAGGGAUCCGUACACAAAUGGACAGUCUCAUUACAUUACCAACAAAAGAAAUGUCCGCCAUGGCAUUAGGUCUGGCACAUAGUUUAUCACGCUACAAGCUCAAGUUCAGUCCAGAUAAAGUAGAUACCAUGAUUGUACAGGCUAUCUCAUUACUCGAUGAUUUAGAUAAAGAAUUAAACAACUAUGUUAUGAGAGCAAGAGAAUGGUAUGGGUGGCAUUUUCCAGAGUUGGGGAAAAUUGUACAAGAUAAUCUUGCUUUCGCUAAAGUUGUCAAAUUAAUGGGAUUCCGAACAAAUGCAGUAAACACAGAUUUUUCUAAGAUUUUACCCGAAGAAGUGGAAAAAGAAGUUAAAGAUGCAGCUGAAAUCUCCAUGGGAACCGAAAUCUCUGAUGAAGAUAUUAUUAAUGUUAGAUACCUCUGUGAACAGGUGAUAGAUAUAACAGAAUAUAGAGCACAGUUAUAUGACUAUAUAAAGAACAGAAUGGUAGCUAUUGCUCCAAACCUUACAGUACUUGUUGGAGAAUUAGUGGGUGCUAGAUUAAUAUCACAUGCAGGUUCAUUAAUGAAUUUAGCUAAACAUCCAGCGAGUACCGUACAGAUAUUGGGAGCAGAGAAGGCACUUUUCCGAGCCUUGAAAACCAAGCAUGACACGCCCAAAUAUGGUCUUAUCUAUCAUGCCUCAUUGGUUGGUCAGGCAAACGCUAAAAUUAAGGGCAAGAUGUCCAGAAUGUUGGCAGCUAAAACUGCUCUAGCUAUCAGAGUAGAUGCCUUGGGCGAGACUACAAACGCUGAGCUGGGUCUUGAGCAUAGAGCCAAACUAGAAAGGAGGGUCAGAGAAUUAGAAGAAGGAAAGUCAAGAAGAAUUAGUGGAAGUGGAAAGGCCAUCUCUAAAUGGGAGAAAUACGAGAACAAAAG